GAGGGCCAAACCUCCAUCGUUUAACCUUCGAGCCCCUUAAUCACCGAUCCCUUCGAUCGAUCGAGGGAGAUCAGCGGCAGGAUGAGGGUGGCGGCGACGGCGAUGGCGUUGGUGGUGGCCCUGCUGGCGGCGACGGUGGACGCUGGCGACCAGAACGGCGUCUUCACCCCUUGCGCCGACGCCAAGAUCCAGCGGUGGGACGGGUUCGCCUUCGGGAUUGCCUUCUCUAGCUACGAAUCCUUCUUCUCCAACGGGGUGAAACUCUCGCCUUGCGAUACCCGCCUCUCCCUCUCCUCCAACGGCGCUCAGCUCGCCGUCUUCCGUCCCAAGGUCGAUGAGAUCUCCCUUCUCACCAUCAACACUAGCAACAACCCUUCGGUCACUAGCGGAGGAUACAUGGUCGCAUUCGCUGGCAAGAAGUAUGCAGCACGUUCCCUUCCUGCUUUCAUUGGUAAUAGCACAUAUGUCGUGACCAGCUUCACCCUGGUACUCGAAUUCCACAAAGGCACACUACAGAACUUGUACUGGAAGAGAGAUGGUUGUGCUUCAUGUAAAGGGAAGUCAUCUUUUGUUUGCCUCAACAAUCAAGACUGUGCCAUCAAGACAUCAAGUUGCAAAACCCAGGGUGGUGCUGUUGAUUGCAGCAUAGGCAUUCAAUUGGCCUUUUCAGGUACUGAUAAGCAUGAUGCUGUCCUCAAUUCAUGGUACGAGGUGUCCAAUCUCCGGCAGUACUCCCUUUUUGGGUUGUACUCAAACCUCAAAGAUUCUCUCACCGGCGAGUACAACAAAUUCUUCUAACUCCUUGUGGAUAUCCAGCCCCCGGACAUGCACUCUUCUGUAUUGUAUGUUAUCACCAGUCAGUUUAAAUCCUACGCUGGUUUUUGUUGUAAGACUCGUUUGGUCUUUGGAUCGUGGAAAUGAUGUUUAUUUUGUUGUUGAUUUGUAAAAGUUCAUUUCUGGGUUUUCAAGUUUGUUUAUGAUUCUCA